GGAGGGUAAAGUGACUUUUGGUCAUGCACUGCCUCUAAGUGCUAACUUCAGAAACUACACGCUCGCUCCACCGGGGCCAAUACGUCACUAAACUGCGACAUAACGACGAACAAGCGCCACAUUUUUGCUGCUCUAAAUUAUUUUGACGUUUUCAACAUUACCGUAGUAGUUACAACCACAGCUAAACAAAUCUGAGGCGUACAGUUGGAGUUACGUUCAUGCACAAUGAGUAUAUUUGGGAGCUCCGGCUUCGGAACAGGAGGAACCGGUGUCUUUGGAAGCACAGCGGCAGACAGCCAUAAUCCCAUGAAGGAUAUUGAAGUGACUUCACCUCCAGAUGAUAGCAUCAGCUGUCUGGCAUUCAGUCCCCCUAGCCUGCCAGGGAACUUCCUCAUUGGAGGAUCCUGGGCUAAUGAUGUCCGGUGCUGGGAGGUACAGGACAAUGGACAGACUGUCCCCAAAGCCCAGCAGAUGCACACAGGCCCAGUGCUGGAUGCAUGUUGGAGCGAUGAUGGGAGUAAAGUCUUCACUGCUUCCUGUGACAAGACAGCCAAGAUGUGGGAUCUUAACAGCAAUCAAGCAAUGCAGAUUGCACAGCAUGACGGUCCAAUCAAAGCCAUCCACUGGAUAAAAGCCCCAAACUACAGCUGUAUCAUGACUGGCAGCUGGGACAAAACACUGAAGUUCUGGGACACCCGCUCCCCCAAUCCCAUGAUGUCUCUGCAGAUGCCAGAGAGAUGCUACUGUGCAGAUGUUGUAUACCCCAUGGCUGUGGUUGCCACAGCUGAGAGAGGCUUGAUAGUAUACCAGCUGGAGAACCAGCCCUCUGAAUUUCGCAGAAUAGACUCUCCCCUUAAACACCAGCACCGCUGUGUUGCCAUUUUCAAGGACAAGCAGAACAAGCCCACAGGCUUUGCACUGGGAAGCAUUGAGGGUCGAGUAGCCAUCCACUAUAUCAACCCUCCAAACCCAGCCAAAGACAAUUUCACCUUUAAGUGCCACAGAUCUAAUGGAACCAACACAACCACUCCACAAGACAUCUAUGCUGUGAAUGCCAUCUCCUUCCACCCUGUCCAUGGCACACUGGCAACUGUGGGUUCAGAUGGCCGUUUCAGUUUCUGGGACAAAGACGCCCGCACCAAGUUGAAGACCUCAGAGCAGCUGGACCAGCCCAUUACGGCCUGCUGCUUCAACCACAAUGGCAACAUCUUUGCAUAUGCUUCCAGUUACGACUGGUCCAAGGGCCAUGAGUACUACAACCCCCAGAAAAAGAACUACAUCUUCCUGAGGAAUGCUGCUGAGGAGCUGAAGCCUCGGAACAAGAAAUGAUUCGUCGUGCCAAGUCACAUCUCUUGUGGGGAAAUGCGGAAGACCUGCUGCUUUAGUGUGUGUGUAUACGCUCGAGACAGACUCCUUCCUUUCGGCAAACACCUGGACCAAUGCUGUGGUGCUGCGUGUACUGUGUAUGGACCAAUCAGAGGGGCCUACCCAUCCUGGUGUUGAUGACUGCUGCGUGACAAUUGGUUGUAGAGGUCAUCAUAGAAAGGGAGGGCUUUAUUUGUCCUUUUUAUGUGUCCAGUUCCUUAUGGUUUUUUUUUGUUUUGUUUUUUUACAGCUUUUCAAAGACUGAAUUCUCUUCUGAUUUGCUGUUACUCCGUGGUUUAGCUCCAUUAAUGAAACUGGGAUGUAAAAUAAAUAAGUGCAUACUCUUA